UUAUUUGACCCAAUAUUACUGCGGGCGACAGGUCAGGAGUCGACAACUUGUGCAAGAUUAAUCGCGUUUAUCAUUUACCGGCUUUACAAAACAGCAGUGACUCGUGUUUUCGGCGUUCGACGUGCAAGCAUCGCAAGUAAACGCGGAGACGCUUUCCCCGUCGCUGGCUCGUAAUAACAGCGCAGACCAAAAUGACUUCCGGCCUUCCAGACACUGAUACUGCCAUUGUUUGCGAUAAUGGCUCCGGUGUGGUGAAGGCGGGCUUCUGCGGCGAGGACGCGCCCCGAGUCAUGUUUGCCAGCGUGACGGGUCGGCCGCGCCACAGCAUGGCCAUGGUGGGCAUGGCCGCCAAGCAGCUGUACGUGGGCGAGGAGGCGCAGGCCAAGCGCGGCGUGCUGAGCCUGUCGCACCCCAUCGAGCACGGCGUGGUGACCAACUGGGACGACAUGGAGGCCAUCUGGCGCCACACCUUUGAGGACCAGCUGCGGGUGGACACCUCCGAGCGGCCCGUCAUGCUCACGGAGGCGCCGCGAAACCCCAAGCAGAACAGGGAGCGCGCCACGGAGAUCAUGAUGGAGACGUUCCGUGUGCCCGCCAUGUACGUGGCCAUCCAGGCCGUGCUGUCCCUGUACGCCUCCGGCCGCACCACCGGAGUGGUGCUGGACAUCGGCGACGGAGUCAGCCACGCCGUGCCCGUGUACGAGGGUUUCUCCAUGCCUCACGCCGUGAAGCGGCUGGACGUGGCGGGUCGCGACAUGACGCAGUACCUGUCGCGCCUGCUCACCGAGGCCGGCACACGGCUGACCAACAGUGCCGAGAUGGAGAUCGUGCGGGACAUCAAGGAGCGGCUGUCGUACGUGGCUCUGGACUACGACACGGAGCUGGCCACGGCGCGCAGCAGCAGUGUGGUCAGCAAGGACUACACGCUGCCGGAUGGGCAGAGCAUCGCGGUGGGGGAGGAGCGGUUCAGGUGCGCGGAGCUGCUGUUCGACCCCUCGCCGCUGGGUCACGAGAAGGGCGAAGGCAUCCACACCAUGCUGCACGACGCCGUGUCCGCAUGCGACAUCGACGUGCGCAAGGAGCUGCUGUACAACGUGGUGUUGUCCGGCGGCACCACCAUGACGCAGGGCAUCGCGGCGCGCCUGCACAAGGAGCUGACGGCCCUGGCGCCCUCCGCCUGCACCGUGCGCGUGGUGGCGCCGCCGGAGCGCAAGUUCCUGGUGUGGAUCGGCGGCAGCGUGCUGGCCUCGCUGGCCAGCUUCGCCAGCCAGUGGGUGACGGCGGAGGAGUACAACGAGUACGGGCCGGGCAUUGUGCACCGCAAGUGCUUCUGAGGAGGCGGUGGUGGAGGGGAGUGGAGGGGUGGAGGGGAGUGGGAUUUUAAUGGGGCUGUGAGGUGGGUUGGAGAGCGUGUGUAGGGAGGAAGGGGCAGGGUAGGGGAGUGGGUUGAUAGGGAGGGAGGCUGGGCGGGCGUGGUGAAGGAUUCUCGACCCAUGGAGCCUGCGGGAAAGCGGAUUCAGCGGGCUCGGCGGGCAGCGGGACAGACGUGCGGAGUGGAUCGCAGAUGCUUUAAGGAUCUCGGUGUUUGAUUGUUGGAGAGCGCGUCCGAUGGGUACGAUCUUGUGACGACCACAAGGGGUUGUCACGCCUGCACUGUGUUGGACGGAAGGAUAAGGAUUGGAAGGUGCACGGCGGUACGGUGUUGUUUAGAAGAACUAGUGUCCAGCCAUGGUAGGGAUGUGUGGGAUUUCCUGUGGCUGCGGCUGGUGUGAUGAGCCAUCCGCUGUCAUUUGGCGGCAUGACGGUCACAAUGAAUGAGCAACUGCAAUGAUUAAAUGUCUUCAAAGCCCAAUAGCCAACGCCUGACAUUCAAGGUCCAUAACCUCACUGUAACAUCUGAUCACU